UACUACUGUUUAUAUUACCGUUCCUCUGUCUGUUCUUGAUGGCUUUACUGUUGAUAAUCUGUUGUUGAUGGAAGUGAAAAAAGAGCAUUUUAUUGCUAUACUUCAUGCGGUGCGUUAAACCCGUGUGGGUUAUUCAGCGCAGGUAGUGGUGGAGGUUUGAUCCCCCAGACCAUUACUGUACCUGGGAGGGUGACCUGGGAGUGUGUGACCUGGGAGUGUAACCUGGGAGUGACCUUUGUAACAUGUGAGUGACCUUUUAACCUGGGAGUAUGACCUGUGGGUAUGAACUGGGAGUGUGAGUGUGACCUGUGAGUGGCCUUUGUAACCUGGGAGUGUGUGUGACCUGUGUGACUUUUGAACGACUUUUGUAACCUGGGAGAGUGACCUAGGAAUGUAAAGUGGUAGUGUGACCUGGGAGUUUAACCUGUGAGUGUAACCUGAGAGUGUAGCCUGGGUGUGUGACCUGGGAGAGGAUGGGUGGGACAGAGAAAGUGGAGGAGUCGCUGAAGUCGGAGAGGUCAAAACAGGUCACGUCUGAAGCCAAACCUGACUUUAGGAAACGUCUCCUCAUCACCCUUGACAGCUUCAGGGAUGGUGGUAGUGAGGCAGUGUGGUGGAGUGUCUGGUGGAUGUUUAUGGUUGCUGCUGUCUACUCUAGACUACACUACAUCACCAUGCCAUAUAGAGUUGUAUGGGACGAGGCUCACUUUGGGAAGAUGGUUGGAUGGUACAUCAACAGGACAUUCUUUAUGGACGUUCACCCACCAGGAGGCAAGUUGCUGCUGGCACUGUUCGGGUACCUGGGUGGCUACAAUGGCACUCACUCCUUCGCAACACCCAACACCCCGUACGAUGGAUAUCAUGGCAUCAUGCCCAUGAGAGUGGGUUGUGCCCUGCUUGGGGCUGGGAUGAUACCCAUGGGCUUCCACACGGUGUGGGUACUCACACGAUCCCUGCCCACCGCUGCCCUGGCUGCUACCCUCCUCACCUUUGAGGUGGGUACCAUUACCCUCAGCAAAUUCAUCCUAUUGGACCCACUGCUGAUGUUCUUCGUUCUGGCUUCUUUCCACGGACUGUGUCUCUCGCACAACGCUGCUGACAGGUCGUUCACGAGAUCGUGGUGGCUGAGUUACACCUACACCGGGAUAAUGUUGGGCUGUGUCAUGAGUGUGAAAUUCGUGGGUCUGUUCGUGGUUGGUGUUGUGGGUUGCUAUGCUGCUGACCUGUGGAACAUGCUGGGUCAAACAUACCGACCUCUUGUUAAUGUGAUGCAGCAUCUGGUCUCCAGAGUACUCUGCCUCAUCCUUCUGCCUGCUGUGAUCUACCUCGCUGUCUUCUGCAUCCAUGACCAUCUGCUCUUCAAGGCAGCCAGUGUGUUUGCUGCAGAGGAAGCUCACUUUAGUCCAGGCUUCCAGAUGACUUUGAAGGACAACCAACUGAAUAAUGUAUCCCAACCUGAUGAGGUGGCCUACGGGAGCGUGGUGACCCUGAGGAACGACAACCUGGCUGGGGUGUACCUACACAGCCACAACCUGACCUACCCUGAGAGAGUCUUUCCCAAGAAGCUGCAGCAGGUUACAGGAUUCAGAGCCAAAGACAUAAACAAUCACUUCAAGCUUCUCUUCCCCGAGGAGGACCCUGACCUGUCUGACGGGUUCUACAGCGGAGAACCAGAGUUUCUAGCUCACGGAGACUGGGUGAGAAUUUAUCACACAGCUACCAGCGCCCUCCUGUCUUGUGGCAAGAACAAGAGUCUCAUCACCACCAAACACAACCUCGUUUAUGCCAGGCCUUAUAACCUGACGGAUCCUCCCCAAGUUGAUGCUGCCAGCGAAGUCUUUAAUGUGGAUCCCAGCAAAAUCUCCAGCGCUGGGGUGUCGCCUUGGCAGAUGUGGAUGGUUCAUCUCGAGGGAGGUAAACCUGGGGACAAGGUUCGAACCCUACAUUCAAGGAUUCAGUUUCUGUGUAUUCCGAACAACUGCGCUCUCACCUGGCCCAGGGCGCCACUACCUGUGACUUGGGGCGGGGGACAGGCAGAGGUGACCUGCUCUAACAACCUUAAAGACCCAUACACUACAUGGAUGGUUGAACAGCACUUAAAACCCUACUGUAAGUACCAGAGUUAG